AUGGACAGGAAAGUAAAAAANCCUAAACCAAUUAGAAAAGGAGAUGCCCAAAAAGGACAAUGCCAUAGGUUAGCUGCAAAUGGUUACAAACUUCCACAGCCACUUCCACCAGGUGAAAUCCUUGUUGAUUUGGUUAAACGAAAAUGGAGAUUAGGAAAAUCUAUUGGUGUUGGAGGAUUUGGUGAAAUAUAUCUUGCUUCAGAUGAAGUUAAUAAAAUAGUUGGAGAUAAUGCAAAUUAUGUUAUUAAAGUGGAACCACAUGCUAAUGGACCAUUAUUUGUUGAAAUGCAUUUUUAUCAUAGAGUAGGAAAACCUGAAUUAAUUGACAAUUGGAUGAAACAGAAGAAACUUAGUUUUCUUGGAAUGCCACAGUUUAUAAGUUCUGGUUCUCAUGAAAUAAAAGGAGUGAAGUAUCGUUUCAUGGUAAUGGAAAGGUUUGGAGAAGAUCUACAGAAGGUUUUAGAAAGGAAUAAUAAACUUUUUCCUGUUAAAACAGUAUUUUCAUUGGGAAUUAAAAUAAUAGAUAUAUUAGAAUACAUCCAUAGUUUUGGAUAUAUUCAUGCGGAUGUAAAAGCUUCAAAUUUACUUCUUGGAUAUGGAAAAGGGAAUGAGAAUAGGGUGUACUUAGUAGAUUUUGGAUUGGCUUGUAAAUAUACUUCAGAUGGAAAACAUAAGGAAUAUAAGGAAGAUCUUAGGAAAGCUCAUGAUGGUACAAUUGAAUUCACAAGUAGAGAUGCUCACAUUGGAGCUCAUUCAAGAAGAGGUGAUCUUGAAAUCUUGGGCUACAAUAUGUUGCAAUGGUUGUGUGGCAGUCUUCCAUGGGAGGAUAAUCUUAAAAAUUUAGAAUACGUCAGUCAAAGCAAGCAAAAUUUUAUUGCACACAUUCCAAACUCUGUGAAAAGAUGCUUUUCACCAAAUUCUACUCCAGCUGGAAUUGAAGAAUACUUUCAAUAUGUAGCUGGUCUUAAAUUUGAUGAAGAACCAAACUAUAAAUAUCUUCAAGAUGUAUUGAAAGAUGGUAUUAGAAAAGCUGGUUCUAGGCAUGAUGGUAAAUUAGUAUUUAAAUCUUCACCCCAACAAAGAAGUAAAUCUCCAAAGAAAUUAUCAAAUUCAAAACAAGUUUUGAAGCCUACUAGGAAACAAAUAGAUCAGAAAACAUCACCAACAGACCAAACAGAACUUAAAGGCACUAAGUCUAAACAUCAAAACUGUUCAUCAAUAAUUCAGUCUUACAAAAAUAGUUGUAAUGAACUUAUGCAAGAUAAUUCUUUAGAAAAUCCUACACCUGCAAUGUUAAUGGUUAUGCAAAAGAAAUUACAGCAGCAGAACACACCAGAAAGAUCAUCAUCAAGCUUUAACAAUAAGGGCAGAAAGAGACCAUCACCAGAUUAUAAUCAAUUAAAUGAAACAGAGCAGAUAUUAAAAGAUAAAGGUGUCCUCAAUAAAACCAGAAAAACUAUAUCAAACAGGAAGUCAUUUAGUCCAGAAUUUUAACAUUAUUGGAUAGCUAUCAGCAUUUUGAACUGCAGAAUUCAUUUCAUUAACUGUAGGAUUCCCAGAACUCACAAAAUGAAGUCGUGUGCAUUUUCAUAAAAGACAAUUUAUGGCAGUUGUGUGUAUGUAAAACACAUUUAUUUUUUCUUUUGAAGUAUGGGAGAUUUUACAUGUAAUUUCACAUUACAUUAUGGUUUAAAUUUGAUUUUUUACAAAACAAAUAAAAAUUCAUUUCAGAUA